UCCUCUCUAAUUACCAUUUGACCCUCCUCCUCCACUUCCACUCUUGCUUUUUUGCCCACCUGUUCUCUCUAUCUCUCUCUCUCGUCAACGCCCUUCCCCCGAGCCCUCUGCUCUCCCUCGUGCCGGCCCGUUCCUCCGAGAGAGUGAGCUACGAAUUGAUGUCGCCGUCUUGCAAGAGCUGGGGAAGCAAGGAUACCUCAUCCUAAGCUUGCGUCUGACACGCACGUCGUCGUACUGCAGUGUGCUGUGCUCCUGAACCGAACCUCAGCCGCCCACGCCACCCGCUGCUCCUCCUAUACAUAAUACCUACCUACCUACCUACCUACACAAUGGCAGUCGCCGGCUUGCUUCAAUCCCUGCAGCCGUCUUUCAUGUCAUGGAGAAAGGCCUCAGCGUCCCCGCCGCUCAGGAAGACUGCCUACCUGGAUGGUCUGCGUGGUUUCGCUGCUUUUUUGGUCUACAUCAUGCAUCAUGAGCUCUGGGCACAUAGCGCAACUCAGACUGCCAGCAUCAUCGAGUUUGGCUGGGGCUACGACGACAAAUAUGCCCUCGUCUCCUUUCCUUGGAUCCGCCAGUUCUUCUCUGGCGGUCACUCUGCCGUCGCGUGUUUCUACGUCAUCUCUGGCUACGUCUUGACGUACAAGCCACUACAACUCAUCUUGUCUGGCAACGUCGAGAAGCUUGCCGACAACGUCGCUUCUGCCAUCUUUCGGAGAUGGCUGCGACUAUAUCUUCCCAUCGUCGGUGUAUCGCUUGUCUACGUCUUCACUAUCCACAUCUUUCAUCUCGAGGGCAAUGGCCACCACAUGUUUGAGACAUACUGGGAACAGCUGCUCGAUCUUUACAGGGAGUUCAUGGCAUGGAGUUAUGCUUUCCAGUCAAAAGGCUUCGUCAUCUUAUGGCUGACCUAUAAUCCCCAUACAUGGAGCAUUACUUACGAGAUGAAGGGCUCGCUAGUCAUAUACAUGACCGCGCUGUGUACUGCGCGCUUCCCCCGUACUCGUCGAUGGACACUGUAUGCCAUCCUGAUCUUUUACUUUAUGGUCCUCACAGAUGGCUGGUAUAUCGCCAUCUUCGUGACCGGCAUGUGGCUUGCUGAACUCGACAUGCAUCUCGAGGCCGGCACACUUGAACCUCCCCCCUUCCUCACCGAGAAUAGCACCACCCUGUUCUACGGCCUCUUCAUAUCUGCCAUCUUCCUCAACGGCAUACCCAAUGGUGCCGACAACGAGAUGCUUGGUCGUUCCUUUGGCUGGGGCUUUCUACGCCAUCUCCACCCGCCAAUGGAAGACCCAAAGUGGUUCUACCUCCUAUUCUCUGCUCCCGCUCUAGUCGCAUGUAUCCCACGUAUCUGGUGGCUCCGAUCCUUCUUCGAUUCCCGCUUCUGCCAGUAUCUCGGCCGCAUCUCCUACUCCUUGUACCUCAUCCACGGUUACAUUCUCAGUCUCUUUGGUGCACGCAUAUAUGCCGCCGUCGGAUUCUGUCGAGAGGGUGUAGACGAUAAAAACUUUCCAUGGUGGUGCAACCGAACUCCCUUGCCACAGUGGGGCAUCAUGGGUUUGGAACUGAACUUUCUAGUUGCUCAAUUGAUCCUCUUGCCAGUCACGUUCUGGUUAAGUGAGAUUGUGACCAAACUCAUCGACGAGCCAAGCGUGAAAUUCGCCCAGAACACGUGGCGCUGGUUCCUCGAAGAAGACUCAAAGCCAGAUGCUAAGCCUGCCUCGCUACCAAUGUCGACUUUGCCACCGUAGUACAGGCUAUAUCUGCUUUAUCAUAUAAAUACUGUAGUUCAUUGUAAAUACUGACCAUGUAUAUUCCUGAAGAACGCCCAGCGAUGAAUUCUUCCUUAUAAUCGAUAUUCAGAAACGAGAUGUUACUAAAAAGACAAGUACAUCUUCAUAAUACUAUUUUGCAGUCUCACUUGGCGCCGAAGGCUUCCAAUCAUAUCAGUACCUAGGUACUUUACCUAUCGUACGUAACUAGCUCUUUUCAACGGCCUCCCUCGCCUUACCAAAAGCAGACAUUUUGGG